CGUGGGGAAACGAAUCAGCCCCCACGCAGCUCGCACCAGCUCAGUGCAGCGCGAAGGGCCUGGGAAUCCCCAUGGCAGGACCUUUUAAUCUGCUAUAAACCUAAUUGUUAUCUGCAGUGAUCCGUGGCUCCGUAACUGUAUCCUUGGAGUCCAUUUAUAAACUUCCUUGCGCAGCCCUGCUCGUAUAUAGGGCAACAAGUUCCAUUCAGGGGCAUCGCGGGGCAAUGUCUCCAUCAAAAGUCGACGAGUCCUUCGACGAUGAAGUCCCUAUACUCAUUGUCGGCGGUGGUCCAUCAGGCCUACUCCUGGCAUACAUGCUUGCUCAGCUAAACGUCCGAACCCUCAUCGUCGAACGCUAUCCCACCAGACUGGCUGCGCCAAAAGCUCAUGCGCUCUCUCCUCGGUCUCUAGAGUUAUGUCGCCAAUUUGGUAUCGAUGUAAACGAGAUCCGAAGUCUUGGGUCGUGCCGUGAAGACGCCCACUGGGUCAAUUUCAUCACGAACCUUAGCGGGAAGCAGGUUGGACGACUGCCCUAUGAACGCAUGGAUCCUGGAGUUUUGGAUGCAACGCCUGCGAUGAUCCACAAUAUUCCCCAGCCAGCAUUCGAGGAGCUGGUGGCGAGGGAGCUGGCCCAGAAGCCGCUCGGUGCGAUUCGGAAGAACCACUCGUUCGUCCGCUUGGAGCAGUUUGACAACUACGUACUCACAACUGUGGAAGACCGCAGUUCCGGUCGCGAGUAUGUUAUCAAGUCGACGCAUGUGGUAGCCUGCGAUGGCGCCAAAAGCGCUGUUAGACGAUUCCUGGGUGUGGAGAGCGAGGGGGAGGAUUCAUUCGAAACAAUGAUGACCAUCCACUUCAACGCCGACCUGCGACCAGUCAUCGGCGAUCGCGUAGGCAUGCUGCACUGGAUCAUGGACCCUGAAACAUCCGGCUUCAUUAUCGGAUAUGAUCUGUCUGGCGAUCUGGUGCUGAUUUGCAAUUUCGACUCGAAGAAACACCCUGUAGACUCAUGGGACGAAGCACUCUGUCGCAAGACCAUAAACGCAGCUAUCGGCAAAGAUGUUAAAUACGACGUCCUUUCGUAUCGGCCGUGGAUUCUGAGCAGAAAGGUAGCAAAUGAAUACCUCGUCGGUCGAGUCUUCUUAGCCGGAGACGCUGCACACGCAUUCCCACCAACAGGAGGACUGGGCCUAAACUCCGGUCUAGGCGAUGUCCACAACCUCGCCUACAAACUCGCAGCCGUCCAUCAAGGCUGGGCCGGCGACGCCAUACUAAACACCUACCAAACCGACCGCCGCCAGGUAGCACUCGUGAACUCGAACCAGAGCGUCAAAAAUGGAAAAGAGAUAUUCGGUCUCCUCAAGGCGCUAGGUACAACAGACGAGAACGUCGAUGUCGCAAGGCAGAAUCUGUAUCGCAAUAUCCAAGACCCUCAGGCUAUGGUGGAGAUUAACAAGGGUAUUGAGGGGCAGCGAGAACAUUUUGAUAAUCUCAAUCUGCAUAUUGGAUAUGUAUACGGGGAUACAGAGAUUCCAGGCCAUGCGUCUGUCUUUAAUCCUGUCUGUGUGCCUGGAGCCCGGCUCCCUCAUGCGUGGAUUCGGCCGGUUGGAUCUUUGAAGUCAAGCAUACUUUUACCACCGGUGGACUCUUCGUAUGUAUCUGAACUAUCAGCGGAGCAGGUAAAGGAGAAGGAAUACUCCACGCUGGAUCUCUGUCCGUUGAACGCUUUCACGAUCGUCGUGGACUCUGCCUGGGCUGAACAAUGGAAGACCUGCAUUGCAGAAGCGCGAGAGCUGCUCCCGACAGCUGUGAAUAGUGCUCUCAAGAUUGAGACUGCUGUUCUGGGCGUCGACUUUGAGCUUCAGCUUGAUCAGCCAGAGUGGCUCAAAUUGAUGCGUCUAAAGGAAGGCCAGGCGACGUUGGUACGUCCUGAUCAGCAUAUAUUGGCAACAUUCGAGUCAGUCAGUAUAAGCAGUGAAGACCUUGUUGAAUCCCUUCGAGGACAUCUUUCAUGGUAGAUAUUGAAUUUUUAGCAGCUAUUGAUCUUUUAAAUAGAGG